GUGCGAACUGGGCGAGGUUCAGCCAUUUAAAAGCCUCUCAUGUUUCAUAUUGUGUCAGUUUGUGAGCAGCUCGUCUCUCUCCGGUGAACUCAGAUCUCAGACGACAUGAUGAACCUGGAGGAUGCUCUUGGAAGCGACCAAUCAGGAGGGGGCAACGUCUGGCCAGGUCAGCCCUCCACUAACCCCACCUGGCCUGGAGGUCAGGCUGGAGGUGGAGGUGUCUGGCCUGGAAAUCAGGCUGGAGGUGCAGGAGUCUGGCCUGGAGGUCAGGCUGGAGGUGGAGGACCCUCUGCACCUGGAGGAUGGCCCAGUCCUACAGUAGGACCUGGACCUGGACCUACAAUCCCUGUUGCAGCCCAAACAAAUCUGGCGAUUCCAUUUGGUAAGAGUCUUCCUAAUGGAGUUUAUGACAAACUGCUUAUCACCAUCGGUGGAACCAUCAAACCCAAUGCUGACAAGAUCACUGUGGAUAUCGGUGCAUCACGUGAUCUGGCCUUCCACUUCAACCCUCGUUUCAAUGAGGAAGGCAAGAAGGUGAUCGUCAGAAACAGCUGUAUCAAUGAUAAGUGGGGGAAAGAGGAGAGAGAGCUGCAGCACUUUCCCUUCGUUCGAGGACAGCCGUUUGAGAUGAAGAUUCUCUGCACCAACAGAGAGUUUAAGGUGGCUGUCAACAACUCUCACCUGCUGACGUACCAACACCGGAUCACCAACCUACGCUCCAUCAACAGCAUCCGCAUCUACAACGACCUCACUCUGUCCAAGUUCAACAUGGAGACUUUACCCUGAAGAAAACUACCAGAAAUAUACUGGGGAUCCACAAGAGAUCUACUAGGGAUCAUCUGUAGAUCUAAUGAAGAUCCACAAUAGAUUCAUUCUUGAACACUAGAACCUAAAAAACAUUCAAAAAAUGUUCUCAGUGGAUCCCUUUUGUAAUGUGUCAGUGUAACUGGUAUCAAUAAAGAGUUAAUCUUCAAUGUG